AUGGUGAAACUCGAUUAUAGUCGGGACUACUACGCCGACUUGGAGCUCUCUCCUACGGCUGAUGUCAACGACGUCAAGAAGCAGUUCAGAAAACUAGCUCUCAAAUAUCAUCCCGACCGCAAUCCUGGUCGCGAAGCCGAAGUGAACUCGAGAUUCCAGACUAUCCAGUCUGCACACGAAGUCUUGACGAGCCCAGACCAAAAGACCAAGUACGAUACCCACCGUCGGUCUCGUUACCCUAGCGCUUCUGGCGUCAAGGGAAACCCAUGGCAAAACGUGUCGUCUCAGUUCCCUACGCCGCCGAAGCGGCCGCCGAUGAAUCGCAAGACGACCUCGGGAGCGCAGCGAUACUCGAGCUUUGGCGUACCGCCCACGGCCAAGUCGGCAAGGGAGGACCCCAACACCCGAUACCAAGCAUGGGAAGACAUGAGGCCCAAGUCCAAGGGAAAGACAGGACCUGCGCCGACCGCACCCCGCACACCACGAACAGAGUCUUCUCGCCCACAGAACCCGACGAGGCCCGAGCCGAGGACAAUGCCGCGCACGGCAUCUCAACAGCAGAAGGCGAAUGCUUCCUUUGGCACGGCGCGACGGCAAGGCUUUGUGCCGCGUUCCCCUGGGCCAGAUGAGCCUCCAGUAGCAAGCAGCAACUACUUCACGACCAGGUACCAACCCAGUCUGUUCAACGAUCUUUCUGCAAAUUCGGCAUUCAAAACUCAACGGACCGCAUCCGGGACGAACGCGGCAAACAUGUUCCGUGAUUCGACAAUCGACCCCCGUCAGAGCACCCCGUACCAGACACAUGGUGGAGAGAAGACGAAUCCUUUUGACGGUGCGGACAUCCGCCGUUCGGGAAGCACUCGAGAGCCUCCGCGGAGACAGCAGAAUGCUGCCAAUACAGGGCGCGCCAGGAGCUCAAGCGUCCCUGACAUCCCCGACUCGCCUACUCCUGCUCCGAGGAAGAGCGCCACUCGCCAGCAGGAAGACCCGAAUGCGAAAUUCGCUGGUGUCUCGUCCUCGACUUCAAAAUUCGGCGAGAGGUACCGGCCUCAGUCUCAAACCCAGCCGUCUAUGAAGGCUUUUACGGCCCCGAAUAGCUCGACAACGUCACUCGGCAGUGAUUCUGGUGAGUUUGGCUUCCCCAUUUCGCCUUGUAUCGGCCAUGCUAACAAGGUCGCAGCGACUGUCAACGGAGGCAACGGCCCAUCCGCGCAAAAGGAUGACCCUUCAGUGUAUGCUACACCGCUUGCUUUCAGUUACCCCUCUCCCUAUCCAGUCAACCCAGGUAAAGAAAAUACACGGCAACCCAAGGUUGCCAGCGCCAAACCUGCGGGCAACAACAAACCAGCUCAACCUGCUCCGAACACGCCCGAGUGUGAUCCCCAAACAUCACCAAGUGGACGUACGGGAAGCUCGGAGCGUGUUCUGAACCCUUUCGAGCAGACAAUGUUCGAUGUGCUGUCUCAUCUUGCCAGCCCACCUGCCGCCAAUUCAACUGCGCCUUCGGAUCUACGUUCUUCUUCCACACCUGUUCCACCAACUGCCGCAGAGCCUCGUCAAGCUGACAAUAGCACUUCUUCCAGCUUCUCAUUCCACGUCGACAACGAAACCUUUACCAGAACCACGCCUGAUCCUGCUCGCUUUUCUCGCAGUAGUGCCGAUAAUAUCAACACUAGGUUUGUUGCAGAAGAGCACGCCAAUGCUGACUGGAAAUUCAAUGCGGGAGGUGGCGUCCCCCUGAAUGGAAGCCCUAUCCCCCCCAAUCGUCGAUCGCAGUCUGGUAGCCGCCUCGGACGACGGUCGCCGGCAAAGGACCGCGCGAGGCCAAAGCCAGCAUCAGUAAACGAGCAGGAUGAGACCAACGGUGAUGCCCAGACGAGUGGGUUUAACGCUGGCGAAUGGACAGACAAGAUCGGAAACGAGCACUUCUUUGCACCUCAACGGCAGCAGACUUCCACGUCCCCGACACGGAAUGCGCGACCGCUCAAGAAGCCUCGACCUGUACGGGCGACGAUGGGUACUGCUGGGCUUGUUGACGAGGACGAGACCUCGAGCGAGGAGAGGACGCGCCCUGGAACGGGCACGGGCAGCGCGAGUGGUGUUGAGAGCCCUUCAGCUAUGGACAUUGACCCGCCUAUGCCUCCGCCGCCGGCUGCGGCUAGCGGCAGCGCACCACAGAAUGCCAACGGUGCUCGUAAUAUACCCGUGGAGCCUGAGCGCCCUGACUGGAGGGCAGGCAAUGCUGCGGGACUCAAGUCCAAGGCAGGCGCGAGUAUCAACCUACCUGCGAACAAUGCAGCAGGCUCGGAGGAUACAGAUGACUUCCGGGCGAGUUUUGCGGAUCUCAAAAAGACGGAGCCCUUCGCCCCCUCGGCGACGGGCCUGAACUCUUUCCAGGACCUCAAAUCCAACCUGCCCUUCGAGAGUAAAGCGUCGGCCACGGCACCCGUCCCGAAGCCGAAGCCCUCUCGCAUCAACUUUCCGGUACCGCCGCCGGCGCCACCCCCUCCGGCGGCCCUCGCGGUACCGGGCCUCAAGCCUAGCGCUGGGGCCUGGGAGAAGUAUGUCUGGCAAUUCGGCGACUACAUGCAGGAGUGGGCUACCUUUAACAACCGGUACGUCGACCACUUCCAGGCCCGUCGCAACACGUUCGAGAAGCAGCGGAGGGGCAGCAACGGGACCAAGGGCGGGUUCGCGUGGCUGGCGACCAAGGGCGACGACGGGAUCCGCGAGUACCUCGGCUGGAUGGAGCAGGACCGGGAGGUGCGGACCAAGUGGGCGGCGGCGGCGAGCGAGCACGAGAUGCACGUCCGCGAGUUCAUGGCGCACCGGGACCGGAUGAAGCAGUGA